AUGUUGUUCCCCUUCCUACUCCUUCUUUGUGCCUGUCUCACCAACGCCAUACCGAGACCGGCUCCAGUCGAACCUCGACAAGCAGCGUCCUCGUACUGGCUCUCUCAAAUCCAGCGUCAGGGCACUGUGGCUUACGGCUCGAACCCCGACUACAAGAUCUUUCGCAAUGUCAAAGACUAUGGUGCUGCUGGUGACGGCGUGACUGAUGAUACCACUGCCAUCAACAAUGCCAUUACCGAUGGGUCUCGUUGCGCCGAAGGCUGCGAUAGCUCAACCACCGUCCCUGCGAUCGUCUAUUUCCCUCCUGGUACCUACGCUGUCUCAUCUCCGAUUAUUCAGCUCUACUAUACCCAAUUCAUUGGCGAUGCUGUCAAUAUCCCCACUAUCCUUGCCUUGCCGAGCUUUCAAGGUUUGGCUGUAAUGGACACCGAUCCUUACAUCCCUGGCGGCAAUGGUGCUCAGUGGUAUACAAAUCAAAACAACUUCUAUCGACAGAUCCGCAACUUUGUCGUCGAUAUCUCCCAGAUGCCGGAAAGCUUAGGAGCAGGUAUUCACUGGCAGGUAGCGCAAGCCACCAGCCUCCAAAACAUUGUCUUCAACAUGCGUCCCAAAAGCCCCACCAACAAGCAGCAAGGGAUUUUCAUGGACAACGGCUCUGGAGGCUUCAUGUCAGAUCUUGUAUUCAACGGCGGUAAUUACGGUGCUUUCUUGGGCAACCAACAAUUUACCACGCGGAAUAUGACGUUCAAUGGCUGCAACACUGCAAUCUUCAUGAAUUGGAACUGGCUGUGGACUUUGAAGUCGGUGACAAUCAACAAUUGUGACAUCGGAAUCGACAUGUCAAACUUAGACAAUGGAGUGAACCAGACUGUGGGCUCUGUGAUUGUCCUUGACAGCGUCAUGACGGGCACUCCGAUUGGCAUAAAAACCUCGUACAACAAGACCAGCCAGCCUCCUACUGCAGGUACUUUGGCCUUGCAAAAUGUCGACUUCACAGGUGUCCAGACUGCUAUUGCUGGUGCAGACGGCACUACUCCCAUUCUCGCUGGCGGCAUGGUUGUGGGAGCCUGGCGGCAAGGCGACACCUAUACGCCUGUUGCAGGAUCCACGGCUGAAUCCCAGAACGUCACCAACGUCAAGAGAGAGCCACAAGGUGGACCCUUGUCCCUCCAGCCUCCAUCGAUCUCAUACUACUCGACGACUACAACUACGCUUACCAUUUCAGCCAUACCGCCACCCAGUGGCAUACUGCUAACAACCACAACCGUGUAUGUCACUGCGACACCCACUGGCAGUGCUCCGGUAACAUUUACUGUUUUACCCGUUCCUCCAUCCAAUGUCAGCGCUUCUUCGACUGUCUCGGCAAAUGCUACAGCAUCCCAGCCUACGCCGUCCUCUGAAGAAACUCCUGCUGUGUGCUCUGAGACCCCGGUGUCACUGCAAUCAGCACGCGUUCAACAACCAUUAACUGCUCCAAGUAUGGCCGCGUCUCUGAUGAAUGGCAACAAAGUUUUUGAACGCUCCAAGCCACAGUACCAGGAUGUUCCAGUUUCGUCCUUCAUCAGCGUCAAAUCCGCUGGCGCCAAAGGUGAUGGCGUAACUGAUGACACUGCCGCAAUUCAGAACAUUCUCAACAAUGCCACUGCAGACCAAGUCGUUUACUUCGACCACGGCGCCUAUGUCAUUACUGAUACCGUUACAAUCCCUCCCAACUCCCGGAUCACCGGCGAGAUCUGGCCUCUGAUCAUGGCUCAAGGCACGGCGUUCGCAGACAUCAACAAUCCCAAGCCCGUCUUCCAAGUCGGAGCCCAGGGCAGUGUCGGUUCCGUGGAGAUAUCAGAUCUUGUGUUCGAGACCAUCGGACCCGCCCCUGGUGCUAUUAUGCUGCAAUGGAACAUGGCAGAGUCGUCUCAGGGCUCUUGUGGCAUGUGGGAUGUCCAUUUCCGGAUUGGAGGCACGGCAGGAACUCAGCUCCAGCAGGAUACAUGCCAGGCUAACGUCACUGGUUCCUUCGAAUUCAACCCCAAGUGUGCAGGUGCCUUCUUGUUGAUGCAUAUCACUCAACAAGCAUCUGCUUAUUUGGAAAAUUGCUGGUUCUGGGUAGCUGAUCAUGAGCUUGACAUUACCACGCACAACCAGACCAACAUCUACAACGGCCGUGGGUUGCUUGUAGAGAGCCAAGGUCCUGUCUGGUUGUACGGAACAUCGUCAGAGCACAGUCAGCUCUACAACUACCAAUUCUCCAAUGCUGCGGAUAUCUUCAUGGGCGCGAUUCAGACAGAGACCCCCUACAUGCAGGCUACGCCCAACGCCCUAGAAGGAGGGUUUCCACCCAACUCGGCGUUCUCAGAUCCGACUUUUGCCGACUGUACCACUGACUCGUGCAAGAAGUCUUGGGGCUUGCGGAUCGUGGAUUCAAGUGAUAUUUACAUGUACGGCGCAGGUCUCUACAGCUUCUUUGACGAUUACCUUCAAACAUGCCUGGAUACAGAGUCGUGUCAAGAGAACAUGGUCGAUAUUCAAUGUUCAUCCAAUCUCAGCUUGUACGGCCUUACAACGAAGGCUUCAGUGAAUAUGGUGGACGUUGACGGAAUUCCUGAGGCUAUCGGACAAGAUCAUGAGAACGGCUUCGGCCAGACUUUGCUUCUGUUCGAGACCUGA